AUGGCAAUGCUGCAGAACUUCAGUUCCCUCCAUCAAUCCAUAAAAAUAACUCCAUUUAAGAUUCACAUGAUUUUCACUUGUUCUGUAAAACCCCGAAAGCAUUAUCAUUCACUUCAAGUCUCAUCUAAAUAUACUCAAAAAUUGGUUUUAGAAUUUGAUCCCAAAAUCCCUAUUGAAGAAGCCACCACCCCACCAAGUUCUUGGUACACUGAUUCUUGUUUUUACACUUAUGAACUCAAUCAAGUCUUCUUCAAAGGCUGGCAAUCUGUUGGGUACACUGAACAGAUCAAAGAGCCUAGGCAAUAUUUCACUGGAAGAUUGGGCAAUGUCGAGUAUGUUGUAUGUCGAGAUGAUGGUGGAAAAAUACAUGCUUUUCACAAUGUUUGUCGCCAUCGUGCCUCUCCUCUUGCUUCAGCAAGUGGGAAAAACUCUUGCUUUGUUUGUCCAUACCAUGGGUGGACAUAUGAAUUGGAUGGAGCACUUCAAAAGGCAACUCGAAUAGCAGGAAUCAAGAACUUCAGAGUGAAUGAGAUGGGACUAGUCCCAGUGAGAGUAGCUGUAUGGGGACCAUUCAUACUUCUCAACUUCGAAAAUGGAGUUUUACCCGAAGAAGAAGCUGAUAUUGACUUGGUUGGAAAUGAAUGGCUGGGUAAUUCAUCCCAAAUCUUGACUGAUGGUGGAGUGGAUUCUUCAUUGAGUUUUUUAUGCAGACGUGAAUACACCGUUGAGUGUAACUGGAAGGUCUACUGUGACAACUACUUGGAUGGUGGUUAUCAUGUACCGUAUGUUCAUAAAAGUUAUGCUUCGGUUCUGAAACUUGACUCGUACUCCACCACUAUACAUGAGAAAGUCAGCAUCCAACGAUGUGAUGCAGAAAAGGACCAAGAAUUUGAUCGACUUGGAUCAAAACCAGCGUUAUAUGCAUUCGUGUAUCCCAACUCCAUGAUAAGUAGGUAUGGUCCUUGGAUGGACACGAAUCUUGUACUGCCUCAAGGACCUCGGAAAUGUCUAGUGAUAUUUGACUACUUUCUUGAUUCAUCUCACAAGGGUGAUGAGAGUUUUAUCGCCCAGAGUCUCGAGGAUAGUGAGACAGUGCAGAUUGAGGAUAUGAAGUUAUGUGAAGCUAUUCAAAGAGGCCUUGAAUCACCUGCAUACUGCUCUGGCCGCUAUGUGCCACAAGUUGAGAAGGCUGUGCAUCAUUUUCACAGCCUUCUAUAUGAAAGUCUUUCUAAUUGAUCUACU